AUGGGGGUUGUGGCGAAGUUUGAGUUUAAAGACUGGGCAUGUGGCCGCGAAUUUUGCGAACGGAAGAAGUACGAAAGGUUUCUCAAUAUCCCAAGACAAUUUCCCCCAUCUUAUUAUGAGUCAGCUCCGCUGAACCGCCGCGGACCACGCCGCCGGACUCAGAACCUGGUUGUAUCAGUCGAAAGAGAGCAUCAGGAAUCGUUCUACAUUCUCAGGACUUCUCUACAUUCCAAUGAUCCACUGGGACUGAAGCAGCACGAAAGGCCAUCAAUCAUCUCAGGUCAACCCGAGGUCGAUGACCCUAACGAGGCGGAGGAAUUCGAUGUUGAAGCUUUUCUCGAGCGGAAAAGGCAGUGGGCACUCGAGGAUGAAUCCGAUACGGACACGGACACGGACGAUGACGAAGAAAGCCCAGACGAAUACGAUCAAGCCUGGAUAGACGAGCUGGCCGGAGCCCAGGUUUACGAAGCUGCAGAGGAGGAUUUCAGAUCCGAUCCAGGGUUUGACUUUGGCGGGAUCUGGAAUAACGGCUUCAGAGAUGCUGAGGAACAGGAACAUAUCCGCGCCCCUUACCGCGUAACUCCUCGCCGUAACUUCACGCAUCCUCUUUUCCAGACGCCGUCCUGUCUUGCAAGUACCUCCCCGAGCCGAUUCUCCACGAUCCAGAAAGAUGGGACGGGAGAUUCUUCGAAUGGAUGGAAUCCCAGCGCCCUAAAGAGUACAUCUGCACCUUCGUCGUACGCACCUUCCCCGCACACUCUUCCUCCACGCUUGUCUCUGCUGCUCGAGAAGAUGUUUCUCUCCGAUCAACCCACAUUCUAG